AUGGAGACUCGCGCCUUCCUAUCUUCAAGCUCUGGGGCUGCGCCCUUUGUGGGUGCGCCCUCUGUGCCCUUCAGUUUGCAGCCUUUGGAGUCAGGGUUGGCCUCAACUCACUGGGAACCCAGGCGCAUCCGUCAGGGACAACUGAGCAUCAGCCGCGGAGUCCUUGGCUCCCUGGCCGUGUUGGGACGAAAACGGCAGGUCAAGAGCCUUCGGUCCCAGAGCCGGGUUUGUAGAGCUGCCCAAUCAUUCACAAGUGAGUCAAAUGCCGAAGGUGCACAGACAGCUAUAAACGAAGCACUUUCAGCAGUGCAGCCCAAGAGUGGAUUUGCCCUGCUGCUCAUUCCACGCCGGCUCCUUUCAGAUGCAAGCAGCAUUGUGCAGCGAGCUGUGCAGAGCCUUGCGGGAGUGCAGGUUGUGGCUUGUGUCACUGGCGGGCCAACAUUGCAGCUUUGUGCUUUAGAGUCACCUACUGGGCAGGUCCAGGCUUUUUCUGCUGAUCCAAACACUAUGGACAAUGAUUUGCAAGCAGUGUCCAGCUCAGCCAGCUGCGUUCUACUUUUCGGAGAUCCUACGGUCUCUCCUCCUGCACUUGGCCGGAUGUUGGAUGCAGUAGGAAAGAAGUGGCCCAGCGGAACUGUUGCUGGAAUGAUGGUAGCUCCGGGCUCUGGAGCGUCUGUCUGGGUAAAUGGUAAGCCAGUCAGAGGUGGCUUUGUGGGACUUGCUUUGCCUUUCAGGGCCACGGCAGCUUUGGAUUUGGUAGGAUGCAAGGCAGUUGGAGAGGAGUUAGAAAUCUUUGAGGCAUUUGUGCAACGAGGCAAGGCUCCAGAAAUUAUUCAAAUUGGCACAGACCAGGAAGGAGACUACAGAGACGUGGCUGAAACUGAGAAAGGUACGGCGGGCAUACCUCGGCGAGUGGGUAUCCCAGCGGCAGCUGCAUUGAAAUCCGUGAUGCAAAAGCAUGGGAUCUCUGGUCCGAAAGAGAUGCUUGUGGGUCUGUCACGGCCCUCUACAGCUCCAGGGAGCCGACCGGGUCUACCGUCUUGCUGGUCCCUCUUCAACUGGGUUGGGGUCUCCAAGUCUGGAGCAGCAACGCUGGCAGGAGGUGAUCCAAUUACUGAGGGCUUGAUGCCAAAAGGCGCCUUGCAAUCGUGCCAAUGCUUUCAGGUGUCUCCAGCAUCUGAAGGGUGGCAGGGUUUGGCUUCUCAAGGCGCUUCGUUGACAUUGGCCUUAGCGGGCGGUCGGAAUCUUUCACCACGGGAGGCAGCUGCCACCGUAGCUCCUGGUGGUCGGGCUGUCGGUGCCCUGGGAGUUUCUGUCCUGGGCAAAGCCGGUCCUCAGGCACAGUUGGCAGUCCAUCGCCAAGCGCACAACAUUGAUGAUGUUUGCAUUGAGUCGCUCAGCGUGAAGCUGAAUCGCCAAAGGCUGGAUCAGUCCUUUGGCAAUCUGACAAGGCUGGGAAAUGAAAUCGACCGAGUAAAAAGGGAUGAUGCAUCACGUCUUCAGGAGGAGUACAAGCGGCUGGUCCAGGGUUUGCAACAAGCUGGGCAGAUCGAUGAUGCGAUGGCUGACCAGCUGCAGAGCCCAGUCCUACCAGAGGAUUUAGUCACGGAGGCCGUUCCCGGGAACAUCCGCCGGGCUGAGCAUUUUGUCGCCUUGCUUCGACGUGUUGUAAACUUCUUCCGACGCUACUUACACGUUGAGCGCGCACAAUGCGAGGGCCCUCUCUCGAUGUCGCACAAGUUGGAAGAGGAUGCUGAGGUUGACUCCAAGUCAUUGAAAUUUUGCCAUGAACGUCUUCGCUCUUUGUUGAAUACCCUGCAGGUGGCAAACUUAGACGAAUUUACUCCAAUCACGAAGGUUGCGGACUUCGUCACUCUGCUGGGUACAUAUUCUCAGGGUUUUACGAUUAUUGUGGAUCCCUAUCCGGAGGCACAAGGUAUCUACGACCCAACAUUAAUUCUGAGAUGCUUGGAUGCCUCGAUUGCCAUCAGACCUGUGCUGAAGCGAUAUCAGUCCGUUGUCUUGACCUCUGGUACCAUUUCGCCUCUGGAAAUGUAUCCAAAGAAGCCUGGCAUUUUUUGUAGAUGA